UACUUCUGCCUGGUCCUGGGUUGCUUUAUGAUAGGGAUAGCGAAGCUAGGGCAUUGAAAAUCAGUGUGUGGGGUUCCUGAUCUCUCUCAUUGGCAGCAGCAGUUGGAGAAGAGUCCAGAGUCACAGCUCAGAGACAGAAGAUGCCUUGCCUCAACCUUUCAACCAACGUGAACCUGGAUGGGGUUGACACCUCCUCCAUCCUCUCUGAGGCCACCUCUUCGGUUGCCAAACUCAUCGGCAAACCAGAGGCCUAUGUGAUGAUUGUGUUGAAGGGUUCAGUGCCCAUGUCAUUUGGUGGUACUGAGCAGCCAGCUGCCUAUGGCGAGUUGGUAUCCAUUGGUGGCCUUAAUCCAGAUGUGAACAAGAAACUGAGUGCUGCAAUUGCUGCAAUUCUUGAAACAAAGUUACAAGUGCCUAAGUCACGGUUCUUCCUCAAAUUCUAUGACACUAAGGGUUCCAACUUUGGAUGGAAUGGAUCCACCUUCUGAGUCUGGCAUGUUUUGAAAUCAUCGAUGUCAUCUGUUCAGUGGUGACUUGGUGCUGAAAAAGUUUGGUAAUACUUGCAUUGUAUUAUGUUGUUUAUCUACGUGUUUUCUUAGGAUCAUGUACUAAUUUGGCAAGGAAUUUUAUGUUAUCUUGGCACUAGCCUAUCUGAAGCUAUGGCACAUGAUUCAGUCUUGGAGGGAAAACCUAUUUUGUCAACAGAUCAUCUACUGUUUUGAUCUAUUUGAAAUAAUGUUUAACCAUUUGCUA